AUGGAAUAUAAAGAUAAGAUCCUGGCCCCGGGGAAGUCAAUGGACGACGCGUUUGUGGCGAUACUGGUGUGUGACACGCCAAUCGACGCGCUCAGCGAGUUUGGCGAUUUUGGCGACCAGGCAAUAGCGCUCUUUCGCGCAGCAGGCAUGACAGACACAUUGUUCCGCAAGUACGACGUGAUCAGCAAAAUGGAGUAUCCGACGGCCGAGGAGCUGCAACGCUGUCAGGGCCUGUACCUGACGGGUUCUCGCUCGGAUGCGUUUGCUAACUCCCCGUGGAUCGACCGGCUGCGCGAGUUUGUGAGAAUGUGUCUGCAAGAGUACCAGUUCCCGAUCACAGCGUCUUGUUUCGGACACCAACUUGUUGCGACGGCUCUGGGGCUCGCAGUGGGACGCAGUCCGCGCGGCUGGGAAAUGGGGCUCACACAGGUGCAAAUCAACUCGGCGAUAAAUCUCCGUCCCCUGAUUAGUAAUUCUGGAAAAAACAAUUUCACCGUGAUGGAGAUGCACCAGGACGAGGUGCUGACUAACCCGGCAAAUCUACCGCCGGGUUACGUGAACGUGGGCUCGUCGGCUGCGUGUGGGUGCCAGGGCCUAUACAAGAAGCACCGAGUGCUCACGUUCCAAGGUCAUCCCGAGUUCACCACCGCGUGUGGCGAGGUGCUAGUCGAGUCGCGGCGCAGAGCAGGCCAGGUGGACGCUGCGCUGUACAACGACGCAAAGAGCCGAAACGCGAGCCUAUCCAACGACGGCGUCGAAAUUGGGAGGUGCAUGGUGGAACUUUUUCAUGGAAGGCUGUAG